GAGCUGAAGAAGGAGGUCAAUGAUAUGGUAAGUGGAACAGCGAAGGUGAAGCAAGAAAUCAUGAAGGAGGAGGUCAAGAAGGAAAGGGAUGCAGAAGUCAAGCACGAGAUCUGCAAUGAGGCCACCAGGCAGGCAGUCAAGGAAGAACAUGCAUCCAAUGCAGACGGCCAGCACGCAACGAGGGCAGUAAAGCCAGAUGUGCCUCCUUUGACAAAACACGUGAAGCAAGAGAUGAGAGGGGAGGCCAACAGGAAGGCACAGGGCAGCAUCAAAGACAAAGUGCAGAAGCACCAGCCGAAUGAAGUGAAGCGCGAGGUCAAGUCAGAAGUACCUGAGCGGGUGAAGCAGCACGCCAAAAAAGAGGUCAAGGAGGAGGAGCCAAGAAAGGUGAAACAGGAGAUCAAAAAGGAAGUAAAGCUGGAGGUGAAGACGGAGGAGUCCUCGCACGCCUCCAGCGCUACAACAACGCAGUCGACUGGAGUAAAGCGAGAGAACCCCGGAGGUGCGGCCAUCCGUGUGAAGCAAGAAGACUCCGAAGGCCAGGGUCUGACGAAACGACGACGCAUGAGCCAGAAGGGGCCGGACUUGUCACUUCCGUCCUUUGAGUCGCAGCUGCCAGUGUGGGCGGAGAAAUGCCUAGCAUUUCAGAUCUCUGGCAAAACGUGGCUCCCAACCAAGCCCUGCUGCCCGGCAAGCUUGUUUGUCGGUCUCGGGAGGGCUCCGUGGCCAGAGAGCGAGGAAGUGCACCCAAAGCCGUGCGCUCAGCGUCUAGGCAAGGCUCAGCUCCGUGAGUUCCGUGCCUUCUUCCGCGAGCAGCCGCACCAUGCGCUCUUCAAGAGCACUACCAGUCCACAAGAGAAGGCCUCUAGGCCCAAACCUCUGAGCUCAAAGCCGCCUCUCGGAAGGCCGGCUGGUGGCUCGAGAUGGGAGUGUUACAAGAUGUGGCCCUGGAUGCGUGACCUUCCCACAAGGCUGUGGAUGGGCAAUGGCUGGAUCAUGGAAGAGGACGGCAUGCGCAAGCUGGAGCCCUCCGAGCCCGGGGGCGCCAUGCCAGGCGUCCAGAUCUUCGAGUCCGUAGGCACCGCCGUGGACGAGUCCCAGCAGGACGGCUCUGAGGUGCUUGCAGCUGAGCCAGGCCAGGCCACCUCCAAGUUCCGGGGCCUGGAGCGCCAGAGCGGGGUUAGCCAUAUCAGCUGGGAUCCGCCGCAUCUUCGUUGGCGCAUCCAGUGGUGGGAAGCCAGGAAGCGUAAGCAAGCCUUCUUUCCCAUCAAGCUGUUCCACGAGCAAGGCCUUAGCGAGAACGAGGCCGUGGAGGCCGCGCUGCGCGAAGCCAAAGCCCACCGCGAGGAGCUGGUGCGGAAGGGCGUCCUCAAGCCACCGAAGGCCGUGAAGCCAGAGCAAGGCAAGCACUCCACCGUGAAGGGAGUCUACUAUUACAAGCCGAACCAGCAGUGGCGCGCGAAGUUGGUAGAUCCAUCCACCAAGAAGGUGGUCCAUGGCGGUCGGUUUGCCAACCAGGAGGAGGCCGAGUCCAAGGCCCGGGAGCUCGCCAAGGAGCUGGGCAUCAAGGACAUCGAGAACAGGGUGGUCCCGGUGAAGCAUCUCUCGGAGCUGAAGCACUUCGAGCCGCUGGGCCCCCAGCCGGGGGUGAGGUGGAGCCUCGGCGAGCAGUGCUGGCAUGCCUGCUGUGCAGUCAAAGGCAGGACCAGGCACUUGCGGUGCAGGCCCAAGGACUUCUCGGAGAAGGAGGUGGAGAAGGCCUGGAAGCAGGCAGUGGCCUGGCGCAAGCAGCAAGAGAAGGAGCGGGAUCAGGCUAAGAAGCGCUGA